UUUCGCCCUCGGUUGGCCGCCAGAGGCUCCCUCUCUCUCUCCCUCUCCUGGGAUUUUGCUGCCGGGCUCCCUCUCUCUGCGGCCCUAGAGUUAAUCCCAUCAGCCGAGAUGAACCUCUAGUCUCGCUUUGAAAAAGCCAUUUUGUGUAACCCCUGACUGAAUAAUUUCCUAAUACACCUUUGGGAGGAUCACUGAUACAGUAUGGCAUUUGAGAGGUACUUUUUCUUGACCAAAUACUGGUGAUUAGAGAAGAGAGGUAUUUUGUUUUUUGUUUUUUUUUCCUGAUCAUUAUGAACAUUGGCUUUUCACCCCUGAAGUAAAAAUGUUGAAAACCGAGUCUUCAGGUGAACGAACCACUCUCAGAAGUGCCUCUCCUCACAGGAAUGCUUAUAGAACUGAGUUCCAGGCACUGAAAAGUACCUUUGACAAACCCAAGUCAGAUGGGGAGCAAAAAACAAAAGAAGGUGAGAGCUCCCAGCAGAGCAGGGGGAGGAAAUAUGGCUCCAACGUCAACAGAAUUAAAAAUCUAUUUAUGCAGAUGGGUAUGGAACCCAAUGAAAAUGCUGCAGUCAUUGCCAAAACAAGGGGGAAAGGUGGACCUUCAUCUCCACAGAGAAGAAUGAGGCCCAAAGAAUUUCUGGAAAAAACAGAUGGCUCGGUUGUUAAGUUGGAGUCCUCUGUUUCCGAACGAAUCAGUAGAUUUGACACAAUGUACGAUGGCCCUUCAUAUUCUAAGUUCACAGAAACUCGGAAGAUGUUUGAGAGAAGUGUGCAUGAGUCAGGACAGAACAACCGCUAUUCCCCAAAGAAAGAGAAAGCUGGAGGGAGUGAGCCUCAGGAUGAGUGGGGUGGCUCGAAGUCCAACAGAGGCAGUACCGAUUCCUUGGACAGCCUUAGCUCCCGGACAGAGGCUGUCUCCCCAACUGUGAGUCAACUGAGUGCAGUGUUUGAGAAUACCGAUUCCCCCAGUGCCAUUGUUCCUGAGAAGGCUGAGAACAACGCAUACUCAGUGACUGGCCAUUAUCCUCUGAAUCUACCAUCUGUUACUGUUACAAAUCUUGACACUUUUGGUCACCUUAAGGAUUCUAAUUCUUGGUCUCCUCCAAGCAAACACGGUGAUGAUGCAGAGGAUUCUCAGAAGGGUCAUACAACUCCGGGACCAGAAGUGGCUUUGAAAAGUACCUCUCUAGCCUCCAUACCCAGUGAAGAGACACAGCAGAGCGAGGAAGCCGAGGACUCCACAUCCAACCAAGAGACUCCUGUCGGGAUUGACAGAGACGUUCCUGAAGAACCUUGUGCUGACACUAAGGCAAUGCCCGAGUCUGAAAUCCCUUCACCACAAAAUGAACCUUUAGAAGACGCCGAAGCUAAUUUAGUUGGGAGUGAGGCAGCAAUGCAUCAGAAGAAAGAACUGGCAGGUGGUGAUUUUACCUCUGCUGAUGCUUCUGGAUCCAGGUGUGGAAAGGAAGUACCUGAAGAUUCAGUUCAUUUUGAGAGUUCCCAUGUUUACAUGCACAGUGACUAUAAUGUAUACAGGGUCAGGUCCAGGUAUAAUUCAGACUGGGGAGAGACGGGCACUGAGCAGGAUGAGCAGGAAGAGAGUGAUGAAAACAGUUACUAUCAACCUGAUAUGGAAUACUCGGAAAUUGUUGGAUUGCCAGAAGAAGACGACAUCCCAGCAAAUAGGAAAAUUAAGUUUAGUAGUGCUCCAAUUAAGGUUUUCAGCACAUACUCCAAUGAAGACUAUGACAGGAGGAACGAUGAAGUGGACCCUGUGGCUGCUUCUGCUGAGUAUGAGCUUGAAAAACGUGUAGAAAAGCUGGAACUUUUCCCAGUGGAACUAGAGAAAGAUGAGGAUGGACUUGGUAUAAGCAUUAUUGGAAUGGGUGUUGGAGCAGAUGCUGGACUUGAAAAGCUGGGAAUAUUUGUCAAGACAGUAACAGAAGGUGGUGCUGCUCAGAGGGAUGGCAGAAUACAAGUCAAUGACCAGAUUGUGGAAGUGGAUGGAAUCAGCUUGGUGGGUGUCACACAGAAUUUUGCUGCAACUGUUCUCAGAAACACCAAGGGCAAUGUCAGAUUUGUUAUUGGGCGAGAAAAGCCAGGACAAGUGAGUGAGGUUGCCCAGUUGAUAAGCCAGACGCUAGAACAAGAAAGGCGCCAGAGAGAGCUGUUGGAGCAGCACUACGCCCAGUAUGAUGCCGACGACGAUGAGGUAACGAUGGAGGAGUUCAAUAAGCCCCUCACACAGUCAACACUAUCCCACGAAAUUCUGGGGAGCACUGUGGCUGAAUUGCAAGGAGUGUCUGGCAACAGCAAUAACAAUAACAACUAUUUCCUUAAGACAGGAGAAUAUGCCACAGAUGAAGAGGAGGAUGAAGUAGGACCUGUUCUUCCUGGCGGUGACAUGGCCAUUGAAGUUUUUGAGCUGCCUGAAAAUGAGGACAUGUUUUCCCCAUCAGACCUGGACACAAGCAAGCUCAGUCACAAGUUCAAAGAGUUGCAAAUCAAACACGCAGUUACAGAAGCAGAGAUUCAAAAGUUGAAGACCAAGCUGCAAGCAGCAGAAAAUGAGAAAGUGAGGUGGGAACUAGAAAAAACCCAACUCCAGCAGAAUAUAGAAGAGAAUAAAGAGAGAAUGCUGAAGUUGGAGAGCUACUGGAUUGAGGCUCAGACCUUAUGCCACACAGUGAACGAGCACCUCAAGGAGACUCAAAGCCAGUAUCAGGCCUUGGAAAAGAAAUACAACAAGGCAAAGAAAUUGAUCAAGGAUUUUCAACAAAAAGAACUUGAUUUCCUCAAGAGACAGGAAGCAGAAAGAAAGAAAAUAGAAGAUUUGGAAAAAGCUCAUCUUGUGGAAGUUCAAGGUCUGCAAGUACGGAUUAGAGACUUGGAAGCUGAGGUGUUCCGACUACUGAAGCAAAAUGGAACUCAAGUUAACAACAACAACAACAUCUUCGAGAGAAGAACAUCUCUUGGUGACGUCUCUAAAGCAGAUACCAUGGAGAAUUUGGAUGUCAAGCAGACAUCUUGUCAAGAUGGCCUAAGUCAAGACUUGAAUGAGGCAGUCCCAGAGACAGAGCGCCUGGAUUCAAAAGCACUGAAAACCCGAGCCCAGCUCUCUGUGAAGAACAGACGCCAGAGGCCCUCUAGGACAAGACUCUAUGAUAGUGUCAGUUCAACAGAUGGGGAAGACAGUCUGGAGCGGAAGCCUUCAAACAGUUUCUAUAACCACACGCACAUUUCCAAAUCACUUCUGCCCAAGGGUUUGAGAACUUCUCCAGAAUCAGAUUCUGGUACUCCAUCCCUCACUCCAGUGGCUGGCAGUGUGCCCUUCUCAUCUGACCACAUAGCUGAAUUUCCAGAGGGACCACUGAGCCCAGAAAAGGAGCCUUCCUCCCUUAUUUGGGGAGACACUUCACUCUCCUCUCCUUCAAAAUCUGAUCAUGAUAUGGAAGAAUCUCCAUACCACCAUCAAGCCACCACCAAGAAAACACCACAAGAAAAAGAUGGUGCCAAAGGUCCCAAAUCACUAAGGGCAUCCAGUUCAUUGGUGGUGCAAGGAGGAAAAAUUAAGCGCAAGUUUGUGGAUCUGGGGGCACCUUUGCGAAGGAGUUCCAACAAGGGAAAGAAAUGGAAAGAGAAGGAGAAAGAAGCCACUAGGUUCUCUCCGGGUAGCAGGAUCUUCAGAAGCAGGCUGGAACACUGGAAACCCAAGCCGUCCCCCGCACCUCAGGCCUCCACCCGCUCGCCGUGCAUCCCUUUCUCGUGGUUUAAUGAGAGCCGAAAAGGAUCCUAUUCCUUCAGGGACCUGCCUUCACCUACACGUCCCCUUCAGCCUUCUCCUGAAACUCUAAUUUCAGAUAAAAAGGGGUCCAAGAAUUUUACCUUCAACGAUGACUUCAGUCCCAGCAGUACCAGUUCAGCAGACCUCAGUGGCCUGGGAGCGGAACCCAAAACAGCGGGGCUCUCUCAGUCCUUAGCGCUGUCGUCAGAUGAGAGCCUGGAUAUGAUAGAUGACGAGAUCCUUGAUGAUGGACAGUCUCCCAAACACAGUCAGUGUCAGAGUCGGGCGGUCCAUGAAUGGAGCGUGCAGCAGGUUUCCCACUGGCUAAUGAGCCUAAACCUGGAGCAGUAUGUAUCUGAAUUCAGUGCCCAAAACGUCACUGGCGAGCAACUCCUGCAGUUGGAUGGAAAUAAACUGAAGGCUCUGGGAAUGACGUCAUCCCAGGAUCGAGCCGUGGUCAAAAAAAAACUCAAGGAAAUGAAGGUAUCUCUCGAGAAGGCUCGGAAGGCUCAAGAGAAGAUGGAAAAACAAAGAGAAAAGCUGAGGAGGAAGGAGCAAGAGCAGAUGCAGAGGAAGUCUAAAAAGACAGAAAAGAUGACCGCUGUGUCAGAGGGUGCUGGCGAGCAGUGACGCACACCCCCUCCCAGACAGCUCUCCCCUCUUCCCGCCCUGGUCUCCUCCCGGGGACAGAAGGAACUGAUGGCAGGGGUAAUGUGCUCUAGGCCCAGUGGGGAACCGCGUGUGGCAUACCUGCAUUUUCUGCAAUAAUAGAAUACACUUUUAAUUAUCGCCUCCUGAAAUAAUCCCAAGCCACCUUUGUUUAUUACCAAACCAAGGGUCUCAUUUGUGAAAGAUGCAAAAUAGCUGUGUUCCUCUCUUCUCUUACUUACCACCCUCUUGUGUUGCAUUGGGUGGGUGCUGUCCCUGGGGGAAUCGGUGUUACCCUGCCCAGGAAAAGCAUGGUGUGUCUCAGAGCACCAUGACUUUUCAGUCUGGGAAUCCUGAAACUAUGCAGUGGCUUGUAUCUGCGUGGCCAAGAGCCCCACUCUACCGUGAGAUCGGGGCUCCGGAAUCUGCUCCAGUGUGUGGACAGUGUUUGUGUCUGGACAGUGAGACAACCCCACUGUAACAACACGGGUGCCAGGCCGCAUAAUUAUAUCCGGUGGCAAAAAGCAAGCAAGCUCUUCUGUUUGCUGGGCAUCCGAAAGAGAGAAAACAAUUCAUGAUUUGUUAACCCCAGAAGGAAGCAGAAGCCCUCAGAUUGUGGAUGUGGGUAUUACCUCGGGGUUCUGAGGGUAACAUUUGUCCUCCAGAUUGAGCUGAACAAAGGAAAAAAUCAGAGGUUAACACAGCCCCAGGAUGUUGGGAUCCAUUGUUUACUUUGCUCCCGCUGUGUGUUCAGUAGUUCAGCGACACAGACACACAUAAUGUAGUUCCUUUAUUCCCCCAACAAAUUGAACAGGAAAUUGAUUUUUAAGGAAACCAGCAUUUUCAGGUUUCCUCUCCUGGGGAACAUUCUGGCUAGUCUUCAGCCUGACUGUGACAUAAUCAGGAACUUGUCACAUAUUUUCUACUUAAGAUUUCCCAAGUGGGCUUAGUUAGUGUUUUAACAAAUGUACUUUUAAGAAAAAUAGAAAUACCAGUUAGAGAAAAUUUAGAUGUGAGUAACACAUCUCAACCAGAGAAGCAAUUUUAUUGAGCACACAGAAUGUUCCCGUAAAGGAGAGCUGACAGAUUUUAUAGAUGUUUUGAAUGGUUUUUCUGAGCCGUUCUCUUUCAUUCUUUAGAGAUUUCCAUGUUACAGGUAAAGUUUGUUUAAGAGAGUUCACAGGAGACAGUCUACCAGCGGAGACAGUUAUGCUGAUUUUAAAGCCAGUAUAUGAAGGAUUUCGGCAUUUCAUCCAACUAAUUCAAGCAGAAGAGACUAGGAUAGAAGGAGGAGAAAAUAAACUCAUCUUGAGACACUUCCAAUGAUCGGUUAUUGUUUGUUGUUGUUGUUUUGCUUUUUAUGCUUGUGUUUCCGGUUCUGCGUUGGCUAUAAAAAUGAGGUCAUCCAUUUUCCGGUUCUGUGUUGGCUAUAAAAUGAGGUACUACAUUGUAGGGGGGGUCUUUGUCUGUACCAUACACUGGACAGGUCGUAUACACAGAGCUUGGGGAAGGCCUUUGAAGGUUCCAGGUAACAGAUAAUGUAAAGGGGGCCCCGCCCAUCUAGCACCAACUUGUAUUUUGGACAUUGUGACUUUUUUUUUAAUUAAUUAAAAUAUAUAUAUAUAUAUAUAUAUAUAUAUAUAUAUAUAUAUUUUUUUUUUUUUUUGCUUGCCUGAAUAUCUGAAAUCUGGAAUUGGCUACACUAGAAACUUAUAAUCCUGUCUCUCCCUAAGGCCUGUUUCCUUUUUGGUGACAGAGUAUUGUCUGUUCUACUUUGAUCCUGUUGUCCCUAGUACAAAUCAUUCAUUCAAUGCUCAGAAACAUUGACAUAAAGUAACAUUGUGUUUUACAAUGAUUGGAGUCGCUAUGUAUGUCUUUCUGACUAUCUUCAUUUGCUGUAUGAUAAUGAAACUGCCAUACUGGAUACUCUAUCAAUAUUUGAGAUGUGUGGUGCUUUGCUAUUUAUUAAUAUCCUGAGAAACAAGGAAUCACUAUUCAUGAACUACAAAAUUCAGCAGAUCUUUUCUAAUACUAAAAGACUAAAUUAGUCAAAAUCUGGUAAUACUAGUGCUUGCUAAUGUAAAUUUUUUGCCAUUUUUGCUUAUCUUCGGGGGGAAAAAAGUGAUCUGGAUCACACUGGAAGUUUUGCUCUAUAUUCAUUUUAGGAAUGGAAAUAGAGGAUGAUUAUCUCAAGUGAUGUUUACUCUCUGGAAAUAUUUGAAAAUGGCUGUACAUACUGGAAAUGUCUAUAAGUCUCAGUCUCUGCACAUAAUUUAUGAUCUCUAGUGUAUCGCAUUUCCUUAAAUGUUUUAGAAGUAUUGUUCUUGAACUUUAUUUGUACGCUUCCAAUGUUUAGACCAAUGACCAGCUGAAAAUAUUAUAAAUCAAAUCCUUCUUCCUCAAAUCACAUAGUUUGUAUUAUAAGUAUUUUGAUUUUUAAGUUAAGUUACAGUGAUUUUAGGUCUUAAUGAGUUAUUUUAAUAUUACUACUUAAAACUGCUGAAAUUGUAAAAGGCACUUGAUUUGACUGUCCAGCCAAGGAUGACCUGUAACUGAUUGAUCGAAGAGUAUGAAAACAAAGUGCAGGACCUCAGAACUUAUGAACAUUUAUUCAUAUUAUUUAUUAUUCAUAUUAUUUCUUUUCUUGACUCUAGUGCAUGAUGCCUAAUUGAGGUCCCAGUGUCUUCAACAACUCCUACUCUAAUGCUAGUGGUUUUCGGUGUCCCUACAGUUUAACAUAGACUUGUUGCUUCAUGAACUGUAAGAACUUUGCAGUUUUUUUUAUUUAUCAGAAAAUGAACAAAAAGGGAAUAUCUGGUUGCUAUAAACUAUAUUCCUUCAGUGACAGCUCAGUAUGACUCUAACAAUAGCCAAACUGUUUUGGGGUAUAGGUAAUGCUUUGCGGGGUAGGGAAUGUGUGAUGAGGUCAAGCUGUAGACAGGGACAGAGUUUUCCAUUAAAGGACUUUAGUUUUUAUAAUGGAUUACUUGAUUUAAGACCAUCUCCCUUAAAGUAACUCACAAUCUAUGUAAUAGGUUUUUUUUCUUCUUCUUCUUCUUCUUCCUUUUUUUUUUUUUUUUUUUUUUUUUUUUUUGCCUGAAUCCAAAGUGUACUUCAGAGUGCUUCAUUAGGGCAGGAACCUAAUUUUACCCAUUUGGGCACAUUGAUGAAGUCCACCAUUAAUUUCAUGACAGUAAAACUGUCCUUCCACGUUAUCCUCCUUUAGUUGGGGUUGCCAUGGGUUUCCAGCCCUCAACAUCACGGAAGUAUUUUGAACCCACCAUGGUUCGUGACGGCAGUGUGCUAGUGCUCAUUCCAAACUUAACUUUCAAGGGGCAUGAAAUGGGACCACCUACUCUGGGCUUCUUUGUUGUUGUUGCCAACAAAGUGCCAAGAGGACAGGGGAGGAACCCAAUUAACCCUUGCUGCUGCCUUUCAUCCUAUGUCAUCCCUGGCCCGAGAUCAUAAGCUGCCCCCAGGCCUGAGCUACAAAAACAGUCACGGAUUGUUCGAUCUAGGACCUUAAUUAACCUUUAUGGUUUUUUUGCUGAGGACAAAGAAUUCUCGUUUAGGUUGUUGGUGUAAUAGGAUCAACAUGUGCUUUAAAAUUAUAUUUUAAAAGGUAAAUAAAAAAUUGCAUUUAUAUGGAUGUUCUAACUCAUUUAUAAAUGUUAAAGAUUAUAUAGACCGAGCUUCAAGAGCAGAAACCAGUGUUUGAAGAGUCUAAACGGAGAGGUCCCCAUGAUUCUAAAAGAACUAUUUAUACUUUAGAGGUAUUGUAGCUCCUCAUUACAUUGACAUAUUUAAGAAUUACCAAAUUCCAUUUAAACCACUAAAUUUUCUGUCCCAGUAGGGCCCUGGUGAGGAGCAUUUCAAUCUGGUGGAUACUGGUCACUAUAGUUCACGUCACCUACUUAGUGCUAAGUCCUCAGUGCUUUCUGAAGGAAAGGUAAAAUGAAAAACAAAAGCCCAGGGUUUUUAAAAAAAGCUUUUCAAAUUUAUCUUUAAUCAAGGACCUAUCCUUCUACUGUUCUGAAGCUAAGCAUGGAAGGAUGAGGACCAGAAAUAAAAUGUGCAUAUUUUCCACUAGAAUUGUUUUCCUUCUGAUAAUAGGGUUGGGAGGGUUGGGGAGUCAAUUCUCAAAAGAAAGCCAUGGUAUAUGAAAUAUGAAUGUGUUUCCAUGGCUCCUUCCUGAAAAACAGCCUGGGUCUGUAGGCAGAUUUUUGUUUUUAUAUUUGUCUUAGGUAUUUAAAGUCUCAGGAAAUUUAGUCUUGGUCCAAAAUACUGCGGGGGGGGGGGGGAUCCUACUACACAGUACACCAGUAGUAUUUGAACAAUUUAGCAUAGCGGUGUAGACUUGACCCCACCAGGAAGCCAGAGGGCAAAGAGAAAGCUUACAGAAUCUACUUUCCCCUGGAAAAUAAAAGGUUCAAGUUCUACUUUAGGGUAAACAGAGGGUCUUCAGUGCUGCUGUGUGAGCGUCUGUGUGGAUGUGUCGAGGGAAUGGUUCUGACUUGAAGCUAACGUAUGUACGCGGUGUGGACCAAUCACAGCAUGUGACCUGCUUCUGGACCUACAGACUGGGGAAGGACGGAAACGGGAUGAUUUGACCCUACCCCAACCCCAAAACUGCUUAAGAUUCGAGAACGAAUAGGAGGUAAUGCCUAAGAGAACCAGAGGCAACUUCUCGAUAAUGUGCAUGCUGCGUGUGUAGAUGUACAGAACUACAUAUGUGUGAAUAUAUUCCCACCUUACAUACACACACACACACACUCCGCAAUGACACUGCAUAAAAAAUAUAUAUAUUGUAUAUGGAACUUGGUCAUGUCAGUUAGGACCCCAAGCAGUAAUCAUAGCCUUAUUGCCACUUUGUGUGUUUGUGUACAUUGAAUGACUCAUAAGAUUUUCAGAGAUUUUUUUAAUGUAAGUAUUUCUACUAAAUGCACUUAUCCUUCUACAUGUUUAUAUAUUUUGGUAAAAUUGAUUUAUUAGAUACUUGGUAUUUUAGUAAGAUAAAGUUUCUUCAAAUGUUUGGUUAAUGCUUUGAUGUCAAGAUUGCACAUUGCUGAGUCGAACCUCAGAAAUUUAUGCAGCUUUGGGCAUUUUCAACUGCGGACCGCAGUUUCCUUGGCUAAAAAUUGCACGUGUGUUCUUGUGCAUUCGCUCAUGCUCCCCAGCAACCUACUUGGUAGCUGUGACGCUUCAGUCACUACCUGCUGGCUCUCUGGUGGCCCUGUUGCCAUCACGUGAUCACUAUUUACUUCUUCCGUGGAGUGACGGCAUGGUUAGGUCAGUGCCAAACACGAUGCAAGCGGCUGUGAGCGGGAGUAUGUUGUUGGAAGGUGUCCACUUCUCUUGCUUUCAGCUGUUGUAUCCAGACACCCAGGUUUUCUUUAAAGGAUUUAAAUCUUUCACCCGUGAAAGAACAAUUGGCCACGAAGAGUUAAAUUACCUUGAAAAGUGGGAACUAAUAGGCACUCCAGCUAGAUCACACCUCCCAACAUCAUCAGAUUUAGUUAGUGUUUUGUGAAACCCCUCAAAUUAUCUAUCCUUAUCUAUGUAUGUUUUCCUUAAUAUAAUUUAUGGUCGCCCCUACUGCUUUUGUAUUUUUUAAUGGUGGUGCUAUUAAACCACAAGCACGCCUGCUACGUAUCACUAACCAACCCGGCCAGCUGGAAAGAGAAACAAGAGAGAAUGAAUUCUAUUCCAUCGUAAGAAGUUGAUUUAUUUUAACUUUUCUUUAUGUAUCACUAAAGGAAAAGGGUUGUUUGAAAAACCUUUUAAGUCCAAUAAAUAUGGAUAGCAUGUUAUCUGAAACUUUUAAUUUGUACAUUUCGGUGUCUGAUCAUUUGCAUGGAAGAGACAAUAGUGCCACGUCUAAAUUGUUCUCUUGUGCUUGGUUAAUAUGUACUUCUCUAGAUUGUUCCGUUUCAAGCGACAUUUCUUACUCUUUGGUUUUCAGAGGCAUUUGAAGCAAACUAUCACAAUGGUCCUCUGUUUUCUGACCGAUCUAAAAAUACCUGUGAUUAAAUUUGUCAGUGUAAAUAAAUUUAUUGCCAAUGAGUAUUAUUGUUGUUAGACAACGAAUGCAAUAAAAAGAGAAAUACAGA